AUGGUCAGGAAACUCCUUCUGGUGCAGGCUGCCAUACGCCUUGUGAUCCUUUGCUCCACGAAGAAGAUAAAGAAUGAAAAAGAACCCCUCCAAACGGGGUGUGCUCUGCUGCAGGGCGUGAAAUACAAAGCGCGCAAAAGAGCGUUUGCACAGCCAAUCAGCAGGUCUUUAAAAAAGAAAAAGGACAACACACGGGGAGAACACGCGACAAAUGAAAUUCUCAUUUUCGAUUUGAGCGAAAAACUUAUAAAUUACAAACUCGCUUUUGAGCUGCAAAACUUGUUGCAUCAAUCCAAAAUUAAUUUGCAAAACGGAAAGAAAUUCCCCAUACGUUCGAACGCCUCCGAAUUGGAGAAAGUUAAAAUUAAGAGGUUUGAAAAAAAUCUUAAAAAAUAUGAUUUUUGUUUCCUUCUUCAGCACACUCCGUGCUACACCUUGGGCAGCUCAGCUCACCUGGGUGAUAUCCUCCUGGAUAAAAGGAGUUACCACAUUGAGGAGUUAGGGGACGUAUACAACCACUUUGACCAAAGGAGUCUUUCCCAAUUUGUUAGCAAGCACGAAUGUAUUAAAAAUGAAAUAGAAGAGAGCGAAAAUUAUGAUGAAGGGAAAAACUAUUUUGACAGCUUUUCACAAAAUGCAAAUAAAGUGAAAAUGCCGAUAUAUCGUAUUAACAGAGGAGGGAAGGCAACAUACCAUGGACCGGGGCAGCUAAUCUUAUACUUCAUUUUAGAUUUAAAAAGGUAUCCCUCUAACUAUAGCGAAGGGGGGGUCUCCCAUUCGUCCCAACGUAAGGAUGCUUACCAGGGGGAACACCCAAAAAAGGAGGAAGACAACGAGGAAACGCUUCCACACCGAUGCAACGCGAACCUCAACGCAAAGACAGAGCGCUCAUUUGACCUACACAAAACAGUAAAUAACAUCCAAAAAAUUGGAGUCGAAACUUUGGGCAAAUUUAAAAUAAAAGCGCAUACCAAGGAAGAUUCCAUUGGCGUUUUUCACAAAGAUAAAAAGCUUAUUUCUAUCGGUGUGAAAAUAAGAAAAUACAUAUCUAUGCACGGAAUGGCUUUAAAUUUCAACCUGGACAAAAACUUUUUGAAAUAUUUACGGCCCUGCGGCAUGAGUCACGCUGAUUACACCUCAAUGCAUGAACUCGAUGAAGUAAAAAAUAGAGAGAAAACAGGAGUCAGCCGGAACCCCGAACGGGGGAGCGAAAUGGCUAUCCGCGCCACGCUGCUCAACGAAUUAGCAGUUAACUGCGCACACUCGCUAGGAACCAUUUUUAAUGCCAAGGUGAAGGUUUCGAGCGAUAUAGGCGACCUUUUUGCUUAA